CUAGCACCACCAAACGCGCGGUGCGGACGUCCACAGCUGAAUUAAGCAAAGCAGCGCAUGAUCUAGCACCGCUGAAAUUUCAUUUCUGAAGCCACAAUACUUUGGACGCGCGUACGGACUUCUACAACUCGUAACCAUGCUCAUAGCCACUCUGCUCCUGCUCUGCUGGCUGCACACUGCGACAGCACUCAAAGCACCACAACUGGACACCGUCGCGACAUCACUACGGGAGCAGAUACGAGUACGAACAACCGACCUGACCGCGAGCAACAUGCCGCCGACUUGGACGCUCGACGAGCUGCGUGCGCCCGUCUCGGGCCUGUCGGGGGCGCUCUUCGCGCUGCCCGCGGCGUGCACGCCGGACCCGACCGAGCAGGCGCUCUGGGUCUUUCAGGCGCUCGUGUCGGUGCUCGCGGACUACGUCUACAUCGGCGGGCCCAGCCCCGCGCACGGCGUCGACCGCGUCCUCGCGUCCUUUAAUUUCCUGCGACUGGCUUUCCUUCUGAGCCAAGAGGCGCCCGAGCUCUUCGCGCUCGGCCUCGUUCCCGCGGCCCUGUUUGUCUACGCGCAGCGCAUGAAAGAUUUAGACAGACCAGAAGACUGGCAGCUCGCGCACGGCCUCUGGCACGCGUCGGGCGCGGCCGUCGCGUGCGCCGCGACAUAUUCAAUAAGUUGACGAAAAUUA